AUGAGGGUGUCAAAGCCUCAGAAUAGAGACAAUGCUACGGUUUCAAGGUUUAAGAAAACAAAGCUUUUACAAAUGAAGGCACGUAAAUUUAGAGAUAAAAGGCAGUUCAAAAAUCAAUUUAUUUCUACAGAAGUCUUUCCUGCUGAUUCUGCAUACAUUGGGUUGGCUGCUCCUGGUGAGGCUGGAUCUUGGCAAAAGGAAAGUAAGGGUUAUCAAUUCUGGACGAAGACAAAUCAAAAUGGAUUUUUUCAAAUUGUUAAUAUCAAUUCUGGCGAGUAUAAUAUAUAUGGAUGGAUACCGAAUGUAGUUGGUGAUUACAAGAAUGAGAUUGUCCUUCAACUCUCCCCAGGUUCAUCCAUUGAUCUUGGUGAUUUGAUAUACAAACCACCAAGAAAUGGACCAACUUUAUGGGAAAUUGGCAUUGCUGAUAGAACUGCUUUGGAGUUCUAUGUUCCAGAUCCAAUACCAAAGUUUAUCAAUAGCCUAUAUAUAAAUCACCCUGAAAAGUUUCGUCAAUAUGGACUUUGGGAAAGAUAUGCAGAUCUGAAUCCUGAAAAUGAUCUAGUAUAUAGAGUUGGUGUUAGUGACUACACCAAAGAUUGGUUUUUUGCUCAUGUUACCAGGAAGAGAAAUGAUGGGACAUAUCAAGGAACAACAUGGCAAAUCAAAUUUCAAAUUAAGACAUUGAUUCAAUCCGGGUUUUAUACAUUGUUCAUAUCAAUUGCCUCCUCAACACGUUCUAUUCUUCAGGUACGAUGCAAUGAUCCAAAAGUAGACCCUCAUUUUGAGACUCCAACAAUUGGACAAGACAAUGCAAUAGCUCGACAUGGAAUUCAUGGAUUUUACCAACUUUUCAUUAUGCAAAUAAAUCCUUAUUGGUUGGUACAUGGAGAUAAUACGAUAUUCCUCACACAAAGGGUGAAUACAGGGCCAUUUAAUGGCAUUUUAUAUGAUUAUAUAAGAUUAGAGGAGCCCAAUGUGUCAUAUUAAGGAAUCAAGGGCAAAAUUUAUUGAUAAACAAAAUUAUGAUGCUUUUACAAGGCAAGUCUUUGAUGGGAAUAAAACAUCUUUAAAUGUUUGGAAGGAUCCCUUAUUUUUUAAAUGUUUUUAUUUGUAAAUAUUAAAAUAAAAACUGCUUGAUUGAAAUCAAUCAAUAUAAUAACAAUGUAUGGCUUAUAACUCCUCACUUCUUCCUAAAGC